AUGUUCAAUCACACCAGAGUGACCCAGUUCAUCCUCAGGGGCUUCUCAGACAUCCCAGAAUGGAGAUUAGUGGCGGUCUUAUUUUUCUCUUUGGUCUACGCCUUUGCCCUCCUGGGGAAUAUCCUUGUCAUCACAGCUGUGGUUACAGACAGCCGCCUCCACUCGCCCAUGUACUUCUUUCUGAAGAAUCUGUGUUUUGUGGAUCUAAGCUACACCUCGGUCACCAUCCCCAAGGCACUGGAAACCACCCUUCAGGGAUCUGGGGUCAUUUCCUACUUUGAGUGUGUCAUUCAGUUUUACAUAUUUUUUAUACUUGGUUCAACCGAGUACUUUCUGCUCACGGCCAUGGCUUAUGACCGGUGCAUGGCCAUUUACAGGCCCUUGCUCUAUGGGGCCGUCAUGAGCCAGAGGCUUUGCUGUGCCUUGGUGGUCCUGGCCUGGGUGGGUGGGGCCCUCUAUGCAGCCUUCCUGGCCCUCAACACCUUCUCCCUUCCCUUCUGUGGGCCCAAUGUUGUUGAGCACUUCUGCGACAUUCCUCCUCUCAUGAGACUCUCCUGUGCCGACUUCCACUCCAGCGAGGAGAUGGUCUUCGCUGUGGGCAGCUGUGUCAUCAUGAACUCCUUUGCCCUCAAGGUCCUCUCCUACAUCCGCAUCAUCUCCACCCUCCUGUGGAUGCCCUCCGUGGAUGGCCGGUGGAAGGCCUUCUCCACCUGCUCCUCCCACCUGACCACGGUCCUUCUGUUUUACACCAAUGCAAGCUUCACCUACUUGAAGUCUGCGUCUCAGUACUCCCCCACCCAGGGUUGCCUGGCAUCCAUUUUCUACUCCAUCCUCACCCCUUCCUUGAAUCCUGUCAUCUACUGUCUGAGGAACCGAGACAUGAAGGUUGCGCUACACAGACUGUACUGUCAGAGAAAGUUCUGA